CCCUUUCCACCCUCAACAGUAAUGAUUUUCUCGUUACGGGUAUCAUCCUUGUUGAGGAAUCUGAGGAGUUGUCCUAAAAAGAGAGAGUUAUUAUCAUCAUUAGUAUACCCUUUGAAAAACAAAACAGAGUCAUAGAAGCAGAAGAGGAAGAGGAAGAAGAAGAAUCACAGCUCUGCACGAGUGUGUUUCUUUUCAUUUUGAUGUGAUAUCCUCAAUCUGCAUAAGAAAAAAAAAACCCAGAAAAAGUUGCCAAGUUUUGUUCUUUCUUAUUCUCUCUGUUUUUGGGGUUCUGGGUUUUCUGUCUUUGCUUUGCUUUGUUGGGACAGACUUGUGUUUUAUGUUAAUGUCUCAAGCAAGGCAAUUUCAGAUGAUGGGAGGUAACAAUAACAUUCCAGGCCAUCAGUACAAUGACACAACUUUUACCAAAAUCUUUGUUGGGGGUUUGGCUUGGGAGACUCAGAGGGAGACUAUGAGGAGGUACUUUGAGCAGUUUGGAGAGAUCUUGGAGGCUGUUGUUAUUACAGAUAAAAACACCGGAAGAUCCAAAGGCUAUGGAUUUGUCACAUUUAAGGAUCCAGAGGCAGCCAUGAGGGCUUGUCAGAAUCCAUCUCCUGUUAUUGAUGGAAGAAGAGCAAACUGCAAUCUUGCUUCUCUUGGUGCACAGAAAACUCGUCCACCAACUGCUCAACAUGGUUUAGGAAGGUUUAGACCAGCACCUGGUUUAGUAGCUCCACCUGCUUAUCAUGGUUCUUCAUCCACAUACUUCCAUCAACCGACUGGUCAAUACGCAUUUCCUUAUUCAGCAUAUGGGUACUCUGGAUAUUCACAAGAUUCCAUAUAUCCCAUGAACUAUUAUAGUGUUUAUGGUGGUCAACAAUUCUCACCUUACUACACCACCACAACAGGGGCAUCAGGACCAGCUGGCAUGUACCACAAUUACUACCCAUACUAUGCUUCUGCUCAAUAUGCACAAGCUAGUAGUAACCAAGCUCAAGGCUUUGGAGUUCAAUAUCCCCAAAUGGUGCAAUACCCCUAUAUACCUCAGCAUUAUGGCUCUUCAGCUGGGAUUCUGUCACUUCCUUCUUCAGUCCCAAUUACUACUACCAUAUCUACCACCACAGGUGUAACAGCAGCCACUGGGGUAACUGGAGCUUCUGCAACCAAUUCGGAACAUAAUUCCUCGAGUUAAAAGAUAAUUAUCCACAUUGGUAAAUGGGUUAUAGUUGAUCAAGUGCCAAAGUGAAGGGAAAAUGUUAAUAAGGAAACCACAUUCGUCAAAAGGGUGCCUUGCUGCAGGUAUAUCAGCAACCAGAAGAAUAGAAGAAAAAGGGUACCGAAGUCUGCAUUUCUGAGAAGCUUGCUUGCUCCACUAACAUCAUCAUCAUCAUUGUCUUCAAUCAUCAUCAUACAUGUUCUGGUCAAUUAGGUGAAAUAGGGAAUCAGUUCUUUUAAGUAGUUGUUAGCACUCAUUAGAGAAGAAUUUUAAGGAUCAUAUGACUUAUUCAUGAAUUGUCUGGCAUGGCAUGGAGGUAGAAGCUAAAUAUUGGCUUUGGAUUCUACCUCAGUUACUAAUUUACCAGAUGGUUGUGUCUAGGAUGCAGAGAGCAUCCAAUGACAUAUACCCUCUUGUUUAUAUUGGUAAAGUGAAGGGAUGAAAAAGAUUGAUUUUUUAUCUUUGAAUCCCAGUUUGGUCAAAGCUAGGAGAGCUUGGCCAAUUUAACUUGUAAUUUUUUUGUUUAGUCCACUAUUCAUGAUUGAUACUUAUUAAGAUCACAGGAUUAGUUGGAAAAAUAGAAGAUUUGUCUCUUACUUCUCUGUUGGUAGAUGCUUUUACUGUCAU